UCAAGUCGUGGCAACUAGACUUCAGAGUCACGCCAGGGUCUCUCACGACAUUUCUUUCUCCCCACAUCUUUCGCAAUGCCUGCCGAUUCAGAUACUCAAACAAUGUCGUCGACCAUCGGCCCCGAUCUCCCAGUUCACUCGACGACUUCGAAUGCCCCGGGACGCGACUUCGGGUUCCUGCCUGUGCCUCGGUGCGCCCAUCUGGGUAGCUCUGGCGAGAUUGGUUAUGCUAGAGUCCUUGCGUUUGCAGUCGCGGCUACUUUCACUGGUGCGCAGAUCGAACAUUUCUCUCUCUCUUUGAUAGUCAUAUUUUCUCCCCUUAGCAAUGAAUUUGUACUACUGCCAACCCAUUCUCGAUACGCGACGGGUUUGCUAUUCAUCGCACCGCUAGGCGACAUAUUCCAUCGGCGGCAGCUCGUUCUGAUUCUGAUUCUAAUUUCGGGAGCCCUCACUGUCGGUCUCGCAUUGACGAGCUCAUUGAUCGCCUUUGAAGUCCUUUCUUUCUUGACAGCAGUCGCCACCGUGACCCCUCAGGUCCUGAUCCCUCUCACUGCGGAUCUGGCUCCAGCGAACCGGCGGGCAACCUUCAUCGCCCUCGUCCUUGCAGGGCUUCUCACGGGUGUUCUCGUUGCCCGUGUUUUCGCCGGGAUCAUCGCGCAAUAUUCAUCAUACCACAAUGUCUAUUGGAUGGGUGCCGGCGGUCAAUUUUUCCUCGCCAUCGUCCUCUAUCUGAUCACGCCACCUGUCCCGGUCAAAAACACCGGCCUAUCAUACUGGCAGAUCAUGAAGAGCAUGGCGAAAUUUGCAGUGACCGAGCCCAUCCUGAUUCAAGGAUGCAUCAUCUUUUUCUGCGGCGCAGCGAUAUUCUCCGGAUUCUGGGUUACCAUGACUUUCCUUUUGGACGGCGAACCCUAUAACUAUUCACCUUUGGUCAUCGGAAUAUUCGGUGUCGUCGGACUAGCGGGAAUAUGCAUGUCACCGCUCAUCGGACGGGCGGUAGACAGCCUUGUGCCCUGGGCUGCGAGCUUUGUUGCCAUAUGUUUCGUUCUGUCGUCUCAGAUCAUCGAGACGUUUGGCGCCGAGAAGAAUAUUGCCGCUGUUAUUAUUGCGACGCUGAUUCUCGAUGUCGGUGCUCAAGCUACUCAAGUCUCAAUGACGACAGUCAUUUUCGGAAUUGACCCACAUGCUCGGGCGCGUUUGAAUACCCUGCUCGUUGGAUCCGUCUUUCUCGGGCAGGUCACUGGAACUGCUGUUGGAACUAAACUAUAUGUUUCUGGCGGAUACAAGCUCUCCUCGGGCAUCCGCGUCGUCUUUGCUGGAGUUGAGCUUCUCGCGCUUCUGGCAAGAGGCCCCCAUGUCCCGAGGUACACUUGGGUCGGAUGGGCGGGCGGCAUGAAACUUCGGAAAUCGUCGCCAGCGCCACCGAUAGAGGCAGAAAUCACGGAGGCGGAGCUUAACUCCGGCGGAAAGAACCAGUAAUUCAUGAAAUAGAGUGUAUUUUCAGCCCCUCAGCGAAGCAGUGCAGGACUUUGAUCUCUUGGAAAGCUGGAGGAACAUGAGCCGCCGCGCAUCGCACAUAGUUCCAUCGGGCGGGGGGAGACCGAGAGUCGGCAACGCCAUGAAUCAGACUUUUUCAAAGGAUGUAUACCAUCAUUGCUCUGCGCAUGUACUGCGGCUCAGCGAGUAAUACCCGAAAGAGAGACAUAGCGGGCGAUGCUAUCCAACCAUUUAUCCAAUCGCUUGAUUUUGAUCUCUAAUAGCGUCAUUUUG